AGAGGGGUUGGAGUUGGAAGAAUUGAGGGAUGGAAAGAGGCAGCGAUUGAAGUCGCUUUAACAACAAAUUGCGGAGAGGGGGAGGAAGGAGGGGGUUGGUUUCAGGUGGAGGAAUGUAGCUAAAGGUGUGUCCAUUUCAUGGGUUGACACCGAGUUUGCAGGUGGAAUGGCCAGCACCUCUAACAUUCAAUCGGCCAGUAACAAAAGCAUCCGUCCCUUUAAAUCUGGCGAGCAGUACCUGUAUGCGAUGAAGGAGGACUUGGCCGAGUGGUUGAAGGAGAUCUACAGCCUGGAGAUAGGGCUGGACACCUUCAUGGAGGUUCUGGAGACCGGCUCGGUGCUUUGCCAGCACGCCAACAACGUGAGCAAAGUAGCUCAGCAACUCGCCUCCCAAGACAACCCAAAUCUCCUCUCCAUCUCCGUCUCCCAAGCCAGGCUGCCCAGGGCUCAGGUCACCUACGCCCCAAAUGCCCAGCCUGGCACCUUCCUGGCCAGGGACAAUGUGUCCAACUUCAUCCAUUGGUGUAGGAAAGAGCUGGAAAUCAAAGAUGUGCUGAUGUUCGAGACGGACGACCUCGUGCUGAGGAAGAACGAGAAGAACUUCGUGCUGUGCCUGCUGGAGGUGGCGAGGAGAGCCUCCAGAUUCGGGAUGCCGGCCCCCAUCCUCAUCCAGAUGGAGGAGGAGAUCGAGGAAGAGCUGCGCGAGGCGAUGGACCCCCCCUUCCAGCAAACCCCCCCCAAACCCAAGCCCCAGAGGCAGCUCUGCGACUUCAAAAAUCUGGACGAGAUGGUCCGCUGUCUGGUGAGCCGCUGCACCUGCCCGGAGCAGUUCCCGAUGAUCAGGGUCUCCGAGGGCAAGUACAGGGUGGGCGAUUCCAGCACCCUGAUAUUCGUGCGGAUUCUUCGGAAUCACGUGAUGGUGCGAGUGGGUGGGGGCUGGGACACGUUGGAGCAUUACCUGGACAAACACGACCCCUGUCGCUGCACCUCACUCA